UCGGCAGAUGUCUUCCGGUUUGUAUUUGCUUCCUCUUUUCCUGAGAUUUGCGCUGCACGUUCAUUCAGAGACAUGAGGCUGUUCUUCCUGUUGGCGGUGACCCUGGUGUCGCUGUGUGCCGUGCGGGGAGCUGAGAAGAAGAAGCUGCAGAUCGGCAUCAAGAAGCGCGUGGAGAACUGCCCCAUCAAGUCCCGCAAGGGCGACGUGCUCAACAUGCACUACACCGGUAAACUGGAGGACGGGACAGAGUUUGACAGCAGCAUCCCCAGGAACCAACCAUUCACCUUCACGCUGGGCACCGGACAGGUCAUCAAGGGCUGGGACCAGGGCCUACUGGGGUGAUGUAGUGGAGAGUAAAAGUCUCUUUAUUCUCUUGUUCACACAGGCUAUGGGGACAGAGGAGCCCCCCCUAAGAUCCCAGGUGGCGCCACACUCAUCUUCGAGGUGGAGUUGCUGAGCAUUGAGAGGAGGUCUGAUUUAUAGGUGCAGCAGGGCUUAGGUGCUCCUCCCCUGUCAGGGUGCAGUUCCAUCAGUCAGCUCCAGAUCGCCCGCCACCUGUCCUACCUGUCAGGUACCCACCCCACACCUGCCCAGGACUCUGGAUAUUGCAGCCACACCUGCCCAGGGCUCUGGAUAUGGCAGACAUCAGCAGGGACUCCGAUCAGUUCACCACCAGUUUAGUCUUCAGCAGAGAGCGAUCUUUCCCACAACAAUACCAUCACUGUCAGCAUCAUGCAGACGUGUGUGUGUGUGGUGUGUGUUUGACUAACACCCAACUGAAGAAUACACUGUCACGGGGGGAAUUCACUGUGCGCCAUCAUCUUUAUUUUUUCUUAAACCACCUUAAUACACACACACACAUAAUUUGGACUAAAUACAGCAUUGAGAUCAGAUUGACAAGGGAUCAGGGACUUGUUCCUUUUGUUCAAAAAGUCUUCUAUUCCUUCUGGAAUAAAUGUUUGAUUUACAAACGA